UGGGACGAAAAAGUUAGUGUAUGACCACCAAACAUAUAUGAAUUAAUAACAACAAUGUGUUUGGGUUCUGGUUUCUGGUCAUGAUAUGACUACCACAUAACCAGAAACCAGAUCCCAAACAAUCGUCGUGGUUGAUUUCUCAUCGACAAUAAAACAAUGCACAACAAAACCAACAUAAAGAAUUACAGCGCUUGUGAUAAUGAAUUGGAAGGCGAUCAAACUAUACCACAACAGCCUUCAGCUUCAGAAGCCUCACAAGCUCUUGUUCAUUUCUGGCCAACAGUCACUGAAGAGAUUAAACAAAUUGAAAAUUUGGAUGUGAGAACUCAGGCCUUACCUCUAGCUCGUAUAAAGAAAAUAAUGAAACUUGAUGAAGAGGUAAAAAUGAUCUCUGCAGAAGCACCAGUACUUUUUGCUAAAGCAGCCGAACUUUUUAUAAAAGAGCUCACACUUCGCAGCUGGGUACAUACUGAGGAUAACAAACGUCGAACUUUACAGCGAAAUGAUAUUGCAAUGGCAAUUUCAAAAUAUGACCAAUUUGAUUUUUUAAUUGACAUUGUACCCCGUGAUGAGGCUAAGCCACCACAGAAUUCUACUACCUCUCGCUCAGGCAUGAGUCUGGACCAGGUUCAUUAUUACUUUCAACUGUCUCAACAGCAGCAGCAGCAGCAGCAGCAACAACAACAACAACAACAAAGUGUAGUUACUCAGAUACCAGUAGAAGACAAACCACUCCAAAAUAUACAACUUGUGCAACAGGUACUCGGAUCAAAUGGAGAAAUUCAACAUGUUCCAAUUCAGCUAUCGCCAGCACAAAUGCAAAUGAUUAGGAUGCAGCUUCAAGCUAAUCCAAAUGGUCAGCCUGUCCUAGUGCAAGCUCCAGCAGGGACACAGCAAGUCUUGCAAGUGAGCAGCCAAACUCAGCCUCCAAAUUCUGCACCUGUUUUCAUACAGACGUCAAAUGCAACACAAGGCAACUGAAACAGGCCAUUUCUCUAUUGAACUCAUGAAACAUGUCUAUUGUAUAUAAAAUUCUUUUUAACGAGAUUUGGCCGUUGUUUGUAUCUUUUAUGUUGAUAUUAAAAAAAUAAAAUGAUAAAUCAAAGUUA